UCUCCAAAGAUAAGAGCAGCCAAACCCUUCUCUCCAUCCUCAAUGGAUGACGUGGUCAAUAACAACAGCCAGCGUAUGGACAUGAUCAGGCGAAGCAGCUUUCCCGAGGACUUCGUAUUCGGUACAGCAUCUUCAGCUUACCAGUAUGAAGGUGAUGCUUUUAAGGAUGGUAAAGGGCCAAGUACAUGGGAUGCCUACACUCACCAACAUCCAGAGAGGAUUGCUGAUCACAGCAAUGGAGAUAUAGCUGUUGAUGAGUAUCAUCGCUAUAAGGAAGAUGUUGCCCUGAUGAAGAGCAUAGGUUUUGGUGUUUAUCGAUUCUCAAUCGCAUGGACAAGAAUUUUGCCGUUGGGAAAGCUUAGUGGGGGAGUGAACAAAGAUGGAAUAGAGUACUACCAUAAUCUCAUCGAUGAGCUGCUUGCAAAUGGCAUCAAACCCUAUGUCACACUUUUUCAUUGGGAUGUUCCUGAAGCUUUAGAAAUUGAAUAUGGUGGCUUCUUGAAUCGCCAAAUUGUAGAACAUUUUCAAGAGUUUGCUGAGCUUUGUUUCAAGGAGUUUGGAAAGAAAGUGAAACAUUGGAUUACCUUAAAUGAACAAUUCAUCUUCACCUUCAAAAGUUAUGUUAUUGGAGAAUAUGCUGAAGGUAGGGGUGCAGAAUGGGACAAAUCUCAUUUUCUUGGUGGUAAUUCGGGCACUGAACCAUACACUGUUGGUCACAACUUAAUUCUUGCACACGCUGCAGCUGUCAAUGUUUACCAGACCAAAUAUCAGGAAGACCAAAAGGGUGAGAUUGGCAUCACAUUAGAAUCAACGUGGUAUGUACCAUAUUCAGACUCUGAGGCUGACAAAAAAGCUAGAGAUCGGGCUUUUGAUUUUUCACUUGGUUGGUUCUUAAAUCCAAUCGUUUAUGGAGAUUAUCCACAAAGCAUGAGAGAUUUGGUGGGGAGGAGAUUGCCCACAUUCACAAAGGACGAAACCACUUUCAUCAUGAACUCCUUUGAUUUUCUUGGCAUAAACUAUUACACAGCUAAUUAUGCAAAAGACAAUCCCAGUGACGUUCAUCCAGCCCAAAGCUAUUUGAAUGAUAUUCAUGCAACUCUUUCAACGGAUCGUGAUGGGGUCUCGAUUGGUCCAAAGGUGAGUUCAUCGUCUUGGCUAGCCGUUUAUCCACAUGGAUUAAAAGAAUUGUUGAUAUAUAUAAAAGAAAAAUACAACGAUCCCGUUAUUUACAUUACAGAAAAUGGAUACCUUGACUAUGAUAGCCCGAACGUUGACGAAUUAUUAAGAGACGAGCGCAGGGUCAAAUAUUUUCAUGAUCAUCUCUAUUAUCUUUAUGAAGCAAUCGAAGCUGGGGUGAAGGUUCGUGGAUAUUUUGCAUGGUCAUUAUUAGACAAUUUUGAAUGGGCAAAUGGAUACUCCAUGCGCUUUGGUCUCACCUAUGUUGAUUUCAAGAACGAUUUGACGAGAACGCAGAAAGACUCAGCAAAAUGGUUCCACAAUUUUCUCACGACCUGAAAAUG